GUUUGUGGUUGCAAUUUCCCUUCAUAAAUUUCUUGGCCUUGCAUGGCCCAAUUUGCUUCGCUCUCUUUCUCUCUCUAAAAAUCACUCUACAUAUUCACCAGCUUUCCUUAAUCCUUGUACUUCUACUUCUCUCUCUCUCUCUCUCUCUCUGGGAACUGAGUGCUAUUUUCAACAGAUUUGAGCUUCUGUAAGGGAAAUGCUGUUUAAGGUCCAUUCAUUGCUGUCCUGAUUCUUCCAAUGGCAAUUAAUGCAAGCAAGGUUUCAAGUGGUCCUGUGGUGACUGAUAGGACAAAUGUCUCUAGAUUCACUGGAUCUGCAUCUUCUUUUGCCAUGUCACCGCAACACAAAUUGCAGCUUACAAGUCAAGGAAUUGAACUUAGACAAUCAAGCCCUGGGCGUCUCUUGAAAGCAAGCUCAAGCUUUUCUGGUGAGGGUUUGUGGGGCAUAUGUCGAAAACCUUUUAGUUUCAUUUCUCAGGGCUCUUCUCUGUUAUGUCGGUCAAGAAAAACACAUAAUACUGAAGCAAAAGAAUGUGUUACAACUUAUGGUGAUUGUGAAGAUGUAACUAGUGCACAAAUUGGAGAUGAAGAAGAUGAGCAUCAAGCCAUGCCUAAGAGAACUACUCACUCCAAUCUGGGCUUAGCCGAAGCUUGUAAAUAUGUCUACAAUGAUGCUAAGUUUGUAAAUGAAAGGGCUCGUAAUGACAUUUUCUUGCUUUCUCGUGGCAUAAUGAGGUUGGAUGCCCGUGCACGUCAAGAUUUAGCUAUUCUUGAGUCACAGUUUCUUAAGCUCAAUGCCCGGGCAAGAGAGGAUACCGAGAAAAUUGACCGUGAUGUGAAAAAAAGGGCUGAACACCUGCAUCAUAUUGCCACUAUAUUGACAGACAAAGCUCAAUCUAGAUUGAAAAGAGCUGCUGACAAGCAUUGGAGUGAUGGAGCCCUAGAGGCUGAUUUGCGACUUGCUGACCUCCGUGCAAAGCAACGCGCAAUGGAAGAUGCACUAAUGGCUUUGGAGUUGAUAAAAAAUAUCCAUGACAUGAUGGUGAGCAAGAUGUACAAAUUUCCUCUGCGUCAGUCUAAAGGAUCUCUAUCAGGCAACAACAUGAUGGGGCGUAUAAUGCUUGAAAAGAAUGGGAAAACUCUUGAUUUCUUCCCUGGAGAAGUGUCAACUGAUCGUAUCGCUGCUAUUCAGGAAGCUUACUGGAGUAUGGCAUCUGUACUCUCUGAAGCUGAUGGGAUUGACUAUACUGAUCCUGAAGAGCUUGAGCUGUUGAUUGCAACUCUUAUAGAUCUCGAUGCAAUGGAUGGUAAAAGUAGUGUCUCACUAUUGGCAGAGUGUUCAAGUUCUCCUGAUGUCAAUACUAGAAAAGCCGUUGCCAAUGCAUUGGCAGCAGCCCCAUCCAUGUGGACUCUUGGAAAUGCAGGCAUGGGAGCCUUACAGAGAUUGGCGGAAGAUAGUAACCCAGCAAUUGCUAUUGCGGCAUCCAAGGCUAUCUAUGAACUAAAGAAACAAUGGGAGAUAAAUGAAGGAGACAGCUGGAGGUUUAUGAUGAACCAGGAGACCAUGGAGGAAGUAGAUAGUCAAAGAGCAGAUGAUGAUACAGAUACACAUUGAAGUACUUUUAUUUAAACAACUGACUGUAGAUGUUUACAUGAAGGUCUCAGUAGUAGGUUAAACCCUCUGAUCAUUAGAAAGUGAUUAGUACUGAUGUAAAGGAAAAUGCUGUUAUAUUAUAAAUUAGCUUAUUUAUCAAUUAAUCUCCAAUUUCCCGUGCUUGUAAGUA